AUGCUCCUCCUCAACGCAAUCACAGCCCUCUUCAGCAUCACCGCCCUGGCGGCCCCCGCUUCGCUCUCCAUCAACGAGCCGCGCGCGACGCUCAAAGAGCGCGCCAGCCCGAUCCGGAUCCACCUCUCCUCCAACCCCAAAGUCUGUCUCGGCUCAUGGUUCCACGAGAAUGGCGGCCCAGUCCAGCUCGUCAAGUGCACUGACCCAGCGUCCAAGUUACGGGUUGAAGGCGACAUGUUCCGCUUUGGCGCACCCCCGGGCGGCCCGACAUGCCUCGACGUGGCCAAAGGCGACCCCACGAACCCGGCCCAGAACUGGGAGUGUAACCCCGAUAACCCCAACCAGCAGUUUGUUUGGUAUGGUUCGGGAACCGGCAGCAUGAACUUUGGCUGGCGGGGGCCAGGACAGUACUGCCUCACGGUCACCCCUUCUUGGAUAUACAAUGACGGGCCGGUCCUGGCGGGACAGAAUGUCGGUUUCACGCCGUGUGACCCCAACGACAGCCUGCAGAAGUGGGAGUGGAGCGAGUACUGGGACUUUUAG